AAACCAACGAAUCCCCGUUUAGAUACAAAAGAGGACCCGGACUCCAUAUAUUGCAAUAAAGGCUUGAAGAAGAUUUUACGAGAACCAAAAUCAAUCCACCGUAAUCCAAAUAAUCACUCCGGAUGCAAAGAAGCCCCAACAUGAUUAUCCUUGAGACGGGAGAUGGUAUGAUGGAUAUCAAGCUUGACUGGAUUCGACGUCGUUUCAAGGCUCGUCGCGGGCAAUUGUGAGUACUUACUGCGACACAACGGUGCUUUUCUGGACUCGGACUAGGCUCAGGUCUGUGAUGAGGUAUAGGUACAUAAAGACAAAGCGAUGGGUAAAAGUACUAAAAAGGAUAUGAGACAUGAAUCGCGGGGUAUCAUCGUGCAACAACCGGUGCGCCUGUAACUGUGCAAGUGGGAGAGAAGUUUGCUGGGAAGAGAAGAGCGGCCUGGAAUCUGAAUAGAGAAGCAAGAGAGAUAA